CACACACACACUUCCACGCGCUCGGAGACAGCAGAAAGUGUUCAGCAGCACGAGCUCGUCAUAAGCGCGAGACCAGAGCGAAAACUAUAUCUCGAGCGAUUCCGGACCCUCACUGUACUCUACCGCUUAUUACAUAGUGCACGUGCUAGACUGAAUACUGGCGCACGAGGAUUAAAGAGCGACCGCAUCGUGGUUCUGUACGGGUUGGAAUGCACGAGGACUGAAACGGAAAACGGACAGAAUUGAACUCCUGCUUUGUCACAAAGAGGAUUCAAUGAAAAUGUCUGUCUGUGUCCAUGAGAACCGCAAGUCACGAGCCAGCACUGGCUCUAUGAACAUCUACCUUUUCCACAAGUCCUCAUAUGCCGACAGUGUCUUGAUGCACCUGAAUGUGUUGCGGAAGCAAAGGCUCUUCACAGACGUUUUGCUACACGCAGGCAGCCGCUCUUUCCCAUGCCAUCGCGCUGUGCUGGCUGCCUGCAGCCGGUACUUUGAGGCAAUGUUCAGUGGCGGGUUAAGAGAGAGCCAAGCCAAGGAGGUGGACUUUAGAGACUCCAUACAUCCAGAGGUGUUAGAACUGCUCUUGGACUACGCUUACUCAUCCCGGGUAGUCAUCAACGAAGAGAAUGCGGAGUCUUUGCUGGAGGCAGGUGACAUGCUAGAGUUCCAGGACAUUCGUGAUGCCUGUGCUGAGUUUCUGGAGAAGAACCUCUACCCAUCCAACUGUCUUGGCAUGCUGCUUUUGUCUGAUGCCCACCACUGCACCCAGCUGUCUCAGCUUUCCUGGAGCAUGUGUCUUAGUAAUUUCCCAGCUAUCUGCAAGACAGAAGAAUUCCUGCAACUGCCCAAGGACAUGAUAGUCCAGUUGCUCUCGCACGAAGAGCUGGAGACGGAGGAUGAGCGGUUGGUUUAUGAAUCUGCAUUGAACUGGGUGAACUAUGACUUGGAACGGCGACAUUGCCACUUACCCGAGCUUUUGCGGACUGUACGCCUGGCUCUCUUACCCGCCAUCUUCCUCAUGGAGAACGUCUCCACAGAGGAGCUUAUCAACUCACAAGUCAAAAGCAAAGAGCUAGUGGAUGAAGCAAUCCGCUGCAAGUUGCGUAUACUGCAGAAUGACGGCGUGGUCAACAGUCCUUGUGCCAGGCCACGCAAGACAAGCCAUGCCCUUUUUCUUUUAGGUGGUCCUACCUUUAUGUGCGACAAGCUGUAUUUAGUGGACCAGAAGGCCAAAGAAAUCAUCCCAAAGGCAGACAUUCCCAGUCCUCGAAAGGAGUUCAGUGCUUGCGCUAUUGGCUGUAAAGUCUAUGUGACAGGGGGUCGGGGCUCAGAGAAUGGUGUGUCCAAGGAUGUUUGGGUGUACGAUACCUUACAUGAAGAGUGGUCAAAAGCAGCUCCCAUGCUAAUAGCUCGAUUUGGGCAUGGUUCAGCCGAACUGCGCCACUGCCUGUAUGUGGUCGGAGGUCAUACUGCUGCAACUGGUUGUCUUCCAGCCUCACCAUCUGUCUCGUUAAAGCAGGUGGAGCAGUUUGACCCAGUUGCCAACAAGUGGAGCAUGGUCGCACCUCUGCGCGAGGGUGUCAGCAAUGCAGCAGUAGUCAGCGUUAAGCUCAAGUUAUUUGCUUUUGGAGGAACAAGUGUAACCCAUGAUAAACUACCAAAGGUACAGUGUUAUGACCCAGUGGAAAACCACUGGACUGUCCCAGCAUCUUGUCCACAGCCUUGGCGCUACACAGCUGCUGCUGUUUUGGGCAGCCAGAUCUUUGUCAUGGGGGGCGACACUGAGUUCUCAGCCUGCUCGGCAUACAAAUUCAGCAGCGAAACCUACCAGUGGACUAAAGUAGGCGACGUUACAGCUAAGCGAAUGAGCUGCCAGGCAGUAGCCUCCGGGAACAAACUGUACGUAGUUGGUGGCUAUUUUGGAACACAACGCUGCAAAACGCUAGACUGCUAUGAUCCCACACUGGAUGCCUGGAACAGCAUAACCACUGUACCCUACUCCUUGAUCCCCACUGCCUUCGUUAGCACCUGGAAACACCUCCCAGCCUGACAACUGCAUGCCCCUUUUCGUCUUUAAGAAUUCCUGUGCGACGUACUGGAUUCCAGCUGUGACGAUUUCCUGCUUUCUGUGCAAUCUCAUCAAAAGACGACGACGACAACUUCGUCUUCCAUCAAAAACUCAAUGGUAACAUCGAAGAUAUCCUGCAGCGAGUUUUGCUUUUGUUUUAAACGUUUCACUGUCAAGUCGUUUUUGUGGAGCUUUGACAACCAAAUGAACCGACUGCUAAUAUAAAAAGGACAGUUAGCGCCCGGCAUGUUUCGCUGUCAUGUCUGUGUUGGCGCGUACCCACUAUUUUGUUCUGGGAUGAAAAUGGUGUGGUAGCUAAAAUGCCUUCUCUGUGCAUCUGGCAAAAAGAACUUCAGCUAGAGAAACUGACCAAUUUCCAACUGAAAGCAUGAAGACACCUUCUGAAUAUAUAUAUAUAUAUAUAUAUAUAUAUAUAUAUUUCACUGUGCUUUGCUUUUCUGCUUCAGGACUGUUUCACAGACCCAAGAGAGACUUAUUUAUCCCAAAAAUUUUAUUCCACAAACUACCUUUUAUUUUUUUCCUGUACACAUGAAACAGACAAGUUGUUUGUGUCCCAUGUCUGACUCUAGUCUGUUCCUGACAAACAAACCACCUCAACCUGGUGUGAAACUUGCUGUGAGAAGGCAUCCUGAGGUGAACCGCACUGCAGAUGUAUGUUUGUGUAUGUGUUUGUAUGUGGAAAAGAUCAGCAUGUUCCAGCAUGUUUUUUCUGAGCGAAAGGAUACCGCUGACCGUAGUAUAUUAUUCAUUUUUCUUCCAAAAAAAAAAACAAACAAACAAACUCAUAAACCUAAGCAUGCCCACUGAGAGCUUGUAUGGAUGAAGCAACUGUUGUUUCUGUCUCAACAGAGAGACUGUCAUGUUUGUCAACGCCUCCGAAAGACUUCUAGACAAGAGAUUUUUUUGGUAUAAAGUUAGGCUGCUUAACUUUGUGCUGAGUGUUCCUGUUAUCACACAUACGGCCUCAAUAUAAAUGUGAAAGGCAGAAUGAUGGAAAGAGAGAGAGACAGAGUGACAGAGAGAGAGAGAGAGAAAAAAAAAGGUGAGAGUCAUUCUGUCUGCAGGAGAG